AAUGCUGUUGUACGAUUCUAUAAAAAUAAUAAAGAUGUUCAACUUCUCCCAGUUAAAAAGAUUAUUAACUUUGAUGAGGGUACAAUAAAAAAUUUCCUUAUGAUGCCUUUGUUGAGACAGACAAGUAUAAAAAUGGUCAACCUGUAUCUGAAGUUGCGUCAACUUUAUCUGUGUCAGAUCAAGUGAUAGAAGUUGAAAACCCUAUAAAGAGAUGGAAAAAACUAAACAAACGUCGAAGUGACGUUGAACAUGAAUUAAAAAAGUUGAACAAAGCACCAAAAAACAUGAAUCAGAAUGAGAAAAAAAAUCCUCCGUAAAAAGGAGUUCAUUGAUAAUGUAAUGAAUACUUCCAGCAAUAAUGAUGUAAUCCAAGCUGAAUUAGAAAUUCAGCACCAUAUACAAAAGAGAAAAAUAACUAACUUUAAUAUUCUGACUGAUUCAACAUCGCAAGUAAAAUAUUCAAAACAAGUAGAGAAUGUUGAUGUGGCAUGUGACAAUGCUAAGCUAUGGAAAAAGAGAAUAACGUCAUCAUCUACUACUCAUGCAAUAUUAAACGACAAUGAACAUGAUUCGCCGCUAGUAAGUUCUGCUGCUAAACGCACUUUGGUCAGUGCCAAAAAACAACAACUUGGUAUCAAUGAAAAAGCUUCAGCUGAGAGCAUUACAUCAUUAGGCAAAAACAAAAACCCAGUAAUUACUGUUCCUAAAAGUCCUCAGGUCCUGCAGAAAAGAAAGCGAGAAAAACAAACAAUUUUAAUAGAAAAGCCAUCGUCGAAUAGAAAAAAAAUUCGUGCGGAAAUCAAUUUGCUGAUGAAAACCAAAAUACCGAGUCAAGUUUCUGAGAAGUUGGAAUUAGAAAAAGUAAAUUUCAAUGUUAGAGCUCCCAUACCAUCUGCUAAAAUUCAUUUUGACUCUUUAACAACAUCAGCUGAAAACGAGACACUGUCACGCCUAAACGAAAAGCAAAAAAAACCAACCUCAAUAGAAAAGCCAUCGUCGAACAGAACAAAAAUUCGUGCAGAAAGCACCGCGACAACCCUUACAAGCUCGCAUUUAUUGCCAAAUUGCGAAAUAAAUUUGUUGAUGAAAAAACAAUUACCGAGUCAAACUUCUGAUGAUUUGGAAUUGGAAAAAGUAAAUUUCAAAGAAAAAGCUCCCUCAACAUCUCCAAAUAUUUAUUGCGAUUCUCCAAAAACAUCAGCUGAUAAAGAUACAUCGUUGGGCUAAAAACGAAAGCUGCAAAAUCAAAGAAAUUCGAUUGUUAUAUCAGCUCUCUCCACCAAUAUUUUUAAAGGCUUAACACAAAUGAGGAAUAAUAAUAAUUCAAGUGAUGAACUCGAGCCGGAUGUAACUGAUACUUAUUAUGGUUCUUUCUCCCCCAAAAAAUUAAAGAGGACUAGUUCGAAACAAAAUCGAAUGAUUAAACCUGAUUCAAGAGUUUUUAUUAAAAAUAAUGAAGCAGAAAAACAGAUAAACUCAUCAAUGAUAAAGUCUCAAUCAAUUACGCAGCCCCACAAAAAAAAAAUUUUCAA